UGAGGUCAAUAUCGUCAAUAUAAAUAAAUAUUACAAAAACAUUAUGGCCCAAUUAAGUGAAAAUUUAGAUUUUUCUGGUUUAUUUAAGUUAGAUGUCCUUGUCCAUCUUGAUAUAGCUUCGUACAGUUUCUAUGAACUUGGACUAAAAAAGUUCUUGGCUGUUUCCAGUAACAAGGAAUUGUUAUUCUUUUUUAUUAAUCGUGAAUCAGAACGCACAGAGAAGAAUUUAGAUUGGGAUUUUCUGGAUAACCCGAUCUUCUGUAUGUGUUUUGAACCUAGUGGUACUUGGGUUCUUAUCGUUAGCGAACAGAAGAUCUUGCUCGUUCCGUUUCUUCCUCAAUUUACGCCUCAAAAUGUAUUUGAUUGUAAGUGGUCCCUCUCGAGUGUCACAGUUCUUCCCCUCGCAAAUAUUCCAAAGCCUACUACCGUCGUGUGGUGGCUUACUAAGGAAUCCGAAAACAUAAUUAUUAUUGGAUCUAAGAUUGGAACAGUGACAUUUUAUAGCUUGGAAUCCCAAAGUGUGGUUGGAGAAUGUAAAGUCUCAAGUGAAAUCAAAGACUUACAGAUUUGUUUUGAUGAUUCUUUAGAUCUACUUGCUCUCUUGAUCUCUGGAGGAAAGUUGCAGCAAUGGAAAUUAGUUCUAGAGCACAGGUCAUACGGCUACAACUGGCUGCAGCAAUGUCGAGCGCAGGCUGACAAGCGGGAUGGCUUUAUGUCUUACAUCAAACAACUGUCCAAGGACAAAAUCACACUCUUCAGUCAGGGUGGCAGCAAAGAUGACAAAUCUCAACCCAUAGAGUACUGUUUGAAGCCCACUGAAUACCUGCCAUCGUUUCGCAAGGGAUCCAACAAUUGGGCACUGUCAGCCCAGUAUGUUAAUGGAAGACAUUUUCUUACAGCUUUUGAACUUAAUGAAGGCACAUUGAUUCUGGAAAGCCCAGAGGAAGAAUCUCCAUCGAGAACACUCAGACCACGUAUUAAGAAGGAUGGCCAGUAUAUACUAGGGCUUUGGUCGCAGAGACUUAUAUUUCUAUUGAGGAAAAAUGAGUUGGAAGUGCACAGUGCAAAUUUUUCAGUUGUUCAAGGUGAAGGACUUCUAGGCACCAAAAGGGACUUCACAGAGCUAUGGGCAGCGGAGCUCAUAGGCGAUGUCCGCGGCGCGCACAUCAUGUCGUCCAAGGAGCCGUCUAAUGCUACCGGCGGUUGGAAGGAACCGACUUUCAUGUGCGACCUUCAACUGCCGCGGUUUGCGCUGGACGGCUGCCUCGUUGUCACCUCCUGCGGGGCUUACAUAUUGAAUACUGUGUCGGAACCGUGCGAAUGGCUAGUGGGCGUUAUAAUGCGCGGCGGCGGCGGCGCGGAGCAACGCGCGGCCGCGCUCGGCGCGCCCGUGCCCACUCUCCUGCGCGCCUCGGCCGACAUGCUGCUGUCGCGCGGCAAGAUCGCGCCGGCCAUGUACCUGUUCUCGCUGUCACAGAGUCAGCCGGACGGAUGGGUUGCUCGUUUGGGAGUGUUCGGACGCCUCCACGAACUGUCCAUGUAUAAACAUACCGGUCAUGCUGCGCUCGGCGCGCCCGCCGUCGCCAUCAAAAUGUUGGCGCUGCUGCUCAAGAUGGGGACCAAUGAGGAGGAAACGUUCGACAUGGACGCAAAAUUCACAACGCUCUCAUCAGUCGAACUAACCGAACUCACAUCGAUCGCCGCCGCCAUCGGUCUCUGGGCCCUAGUUCCAUUGUUCAGUACUCACUGCGGUCACCCUGCCCUUAUACUGACCGCACUGAAAUCAAGGAAACUCUGCCGCAGCGCGAUCAACUGUUUACUGCAACAGUUGUAUAUUGUGCCGCUGCUUUUAGUAGAAAAUGCUCAGUGGCUGUUUGAUUUUAUAGCGGAGAAAUGUGACAGUUUUGAUACGAAGAUUCUCAAGUGCUUCUGUUUAUGGUUGAAUCCUAUGCAAGAACAAUUGCGACCUGUUAUGCGAGAUUUAAAUCAGGGAAUAUCUUCAAUCUACACAACAAGAAUGCUCCAGCUAAUAUCGACAUUUAUGCGUGUAGCCUGCUCUCUCGAAGCCCGCAGCCCGUGCCCAGACAUCCACCUCGAAUUGACGCCAACCUCUGAAACGUGGAAGAAUCAGUUUGUACCCAGGAGGACACUCAGCUGCGGUUUAGGACACUGGGCGCUAACCGACGACGGGAACGCCAAAGUGAUGAUGACAGAGACGCCGGUCAAUACGGAAGUGAUCGGCAGAGUCGUGGACGUGGCUUGUGGAAGACAUCACACAUUGAUUUUGACGGAGAAUGGGAUAUACGCGGCAGGAGACAACAGCUACGGGCAGCUAGGCGUGGGCGCGGCGUGGGGCGGCGCGGAGGCGGGGGGCGGCGCGCUGCUGCGGGCGCGGGCGCGGGCGCGGGGCCCGGGGGGGGACACCGCGCCCGUCACCGCGGUGGCUGCCGGCCAUUACCACUCGGCUGCCGUCGACCAGGGCGGCCGGCUCUACACUUGGGGAUGGGGCGUGCACGGUCAGCUCGGUCUCGGCACCAUCGAUGACAAAUGGACUCCGCAGCUAGUCACUAAGUUCCAGGGCAGAAAAGUACUGCGCGUGGGCUGCGGCGCGUGUCACACCGUAGUGUUGACCCGUAACGGCGAGGUGUGGGCGAUGGGCGCCGGCGUGUUCGGCCAGCUCGGCUCGAGCGCGCGCGAUAAGAGCUCGCUGCCGCUGCGGGUUGCGCUCGACGCUGUUGAGAACAUUGCGGUUGGAUACUUUCACAAUUUGGCGCUAACUCAAAAGCGCGAGCUGUGGUGCUGGGGCGCCAGUCCGCAGCAGGUCCGCGCCGCGGCCGCGCGCCGCGACCCGCCCCCCGGGCCGCGCGACCCGCACCUCACACCCGCCAGGGUCGACACCAGUAGAGUAGCGGCACCCAUCCUACAGAUGUCAGCUGGUUGGCACCAUUCAUGCAUUGUCGACAGUGCGGGCACGCUGUACUCGUGGGGUUUGAACUUCGACGGACAGUUAGGAAGUGGUGACAGAAAACAAAUACCAAUACCAACCGAAGUAAGGAUCCGAACGGAUUCGCAGCCCGACAACGCGCAAGUGGCCAAGCCUUCCACCACACCACGCGACGACGGGCCGUCUAAGGCGCUCGUGGCGUGUGGAGGGGACUUUACUGUGUAUAUUGACGACGAUGGCAGGAUUUAUGCCACUGGCAACAUGCACUUGCAAACUAACAACGAAAAGGAAAAAGGCAGCAAUCGCGUCAUAAUGAUGAAAACGACUAAACGCGUCAUCAAAAUCCCCGCCAGCCGCUCCAACAACAAGUUCCUCUUCCAGCCCAUCGACAGGAUCGACAUCAUGUUCCCUUUCGACAUCGACGGCUCGCAGAGGAAACCUUUAGAACCGAGACUUAACCCCCUCACGUCCUGCAACGAUUUCAAAAAGAAAUCAUGGGCCGAUGACAUCAUUCUGCUUCUAAGGGAAUAUAUUAACGAGGACAUACUCGCCAACAACCUUAACAUGGCAGCUAAACUCGCUUUCCAUAACAAAAAAUACUCGGAUUGUUUAAAACUUCUGUUAGAGAAUUUAAAAUCCAGUCCACAAGAAGACCGUCUCUACCUCACUCAUACGGAAUUUGAGGUGAAUGAAAACAAAAGCGCCUCACCUAAAUAUCUACGCAAAGAAGAUGAACUCAAAAUUGUUAUAACAAACAUAAUGUCUAAGAGAAUCAAAGACAUAUCCCUGACUAUACUCAACGAAGAUCCCUAUCCUGUGAUAGAUUCUUCUAUAUACCAGAGUUUGCCGUGUUGCUGCAAUGAAAUGAAAUAUAUACCAAAGAAAACCAUCGCUACAUCUACUACCCUUAUAACAGAAAUCGACUUAUCAGAAAAAGCAGCAAAUGUAAUUGAUAGAUGCAUCAGUAUUUUCCCUGUCGAUACUAAACUGUGGGAGGUAUGUUUCCGCCUCUCAAAGGACUUUUACUUGGAAAAUAAUUUGGCAGUUGCAGAGUUAGAAAAAGUGUUACGUAAAUACAUGGAGUCUAACGCUACGACGAUGGCGGGUGCCAUAAUGUACUCAAAUGAUUGUGCUCAAUACAGUCAAAUUUUGUCGCCCAAGUUCUACUUGAACAUGUGCAGCGAAGUACUUGAUACGUGGGGCUGAAGAAAUGAAAGGUUUUAUUUUGUGGAUAUUUCCUUGCGGUAUCUAUCAGAAAUGUAUUAAUUAUAUGGCGAAAUUAAGUGGGACAUGGCAUAUCAAAGCAAUAACGAGCGAUUGAAGUUUCAAUGGAUAGAGAUUUUAACGAGAACCCUUAAAUGCAUGAUAUUUUAUUUUUGGUUGGGAAAAAAUGUUUUUAUUUAGUUAUUUGGAUGUAGGAUCUAGAAAUCUGUGAGCUGUCCAAUGCUUUGUAUAUAUUUGGCAGCAAUAUGCAUUUAAGGGUUAAAUUUGGAGUAUUAAAUUACCUAAAAUUUAAAUUGAAAGAUUUUAGUGUAAAUUGACCUUCACUACAUUAAAUUUUAUUUGAUUGAGGUUUUUAAAGGGUCGGCAACGCGCGUGUUAUAUCUCUGGUGUUGCAUGCGUCCAUAGGCGGGCCGUAUGCUUGAUUGCCACCGACGUGGUAUAAAAAUUGACCUUCAAUAAACAUUUAUAUAAUAAAUAAAUAUUUUGCUGAUUAUCUUAUUUAGGAGAGCUUAUAUUUUAGUAAAUCAAAUCUGUCCAACUAAUGUGAUAAUUUAUCUUCGUUUCUUUUUUAAAGCUGAUUGUUGUGAAUGUGAUCUAUUGACUUGUCAAUUUGUGUUUGUUGUUUGAUUAGUUGUGAUAGAAGUGUUAAUGUGUGAUGGUUCGUGUUUGAGUGUUUAUGUUAGCUUGUUGUUAGGAAAUAUACAUGAGUAAUAAUACUAAUAAUUGUCGUGCUAUGAAUUUAACCAUAUUAAUUGUUACCCACCUAAACCUAUAUUUGUUGUAUUUUCUUCUAGUCGCUAUUGUUUUACCUGUUAAAGAUGCGUAGGAUAUUGUUUUAUAUUUGUAUUUAACGCUUAAGCGAGUUUUUUUUUACAGUUACAUAAUAUUUGUGUGGCCAUUUUCAUUUCUAUGACGCCAUUACUAAGAUUACAGAGACCAACUUUAGUCAAACUAUAUUUUCUAUGAUGUUAUGAACAAACUAAUUGUCUUCAUUAUCAUUUGUGAAAAAUUUGUUACUAGCUCAUUGUUUUUAUAUCUUUAAUUAAAGUUUUAGGUAAGAAAUAUUCUUUUUGAUAUUAUAGAAAAGAUUGUGUCAAUCUAUUUUAGGUAUUUUUUUUAACAAAAUCCUAACAAACUUUUCUUCUGUUCCUUCUCCUAUAAUCACCAUCAUAUUAGCCGAAAGACGUCCACUGCUGGACAUAACGUCCCCCAGGGAUUUCCUCAACGACCGGUCGUGCGCUGCCCUCACUCAUCGGCUCCCUGCGAUCUUAACCAGAUCUUCGGACCAUCUUGUUGUAGGUUUUCCUGUUGCGUCUUCCGGUUCGCGGAAAUACUUUCCCUGUCCUUUUCCUAUCAAAUACAUAAGCUGGCUUAGAGCCACCCCACACUAGCGUCUUGUAGUCAGCGCUAUGAAAAUGGCGUCGCUGCGCAGUUGCGCCAACGUUGCGUCGAGCAUCAACCAUAGAUUAGGCGCCGACGCUCCGGAGACGCUAGUGUGAGGACUGCGAGGUGGCUGGUAGUAGAAACUAACUACUUUCAGUGAAGUAGCAGGCUCAAAUAAUAAGAGC